AUGCGUGUAUUUCAGAUAGACCAGUUUUACAUCGUCAAGCUGAGUUAUAUGAAAAAGAGUGCAUAUUGCGGAUCACACGGCUUAAAGAAGUUUCCUGAUAAUCUUCCUGUUGAUAUUGCAGUCUUGCAAUUACAAUAUAAUGAGAUUGCUAGGUUAGAAAAUGGGCAAUUUGAUAAUUUUACGAAACUUGAGGACUUUGCGUAUGGUAAUCCACCGCCUGCAAUAUCUAUUUACUAUCGUAACUUGCUAAUCAUUAGUGACCAGUUACAAGAAGCAGCUGUAGUGCAUACCGUUAAAUUAUUUGACCAAAAUAAUUCAUUCACAUGCUUUGCUGAAAAUAACGUCGGUAGCAUUCGCAAGAAUAUAUAUCUCGAUGUUGUUUAUCGUCCAAUAUUUGUUCAUCCACCACCCACUAGCCUUAUCUUUGAGAUUAAUGCCGGACAAAGUUAUUUAAUAGAUUGUACCGCCAAUAGUAAUCCAUCUAAUAUUAAUUAUACGAUUUGGUCUUGGCGGUCGGAUAAGAAAGUCAUUUUAGCGCGAACUAGUAAAUAUACAGUACUGAACAUUAACUACGACGAUCAUGGUACGUAUGAAUGUCAAGCCUGUAAUAUUGUUGGAUGCCAAAGUCGUAAUAUUACUAUUCAUGUUUUUGCUUCACAGCCUCAAGUCUCUUUUAUUCCUACCCCUGCAUCCUUUCUACAAUGUGAAUUCCCACCAACCAAUGGUAUUUUGGUCAGUAAAUGCUCUGCACUCGAAAAUGACAAAGUUAACAUUAAGUGCUUUUUGAAUUCAACUAUACCGUUAAAUGUUACCUUCCAAUGGUCAUUUAAUAUUGAACUUGGAACAGAAACAUGUCCUGAUUGUCAAAUAGUGACGAAUUCAAAAGAUAGUACUUCCUACCUAACUAUUAAUCGAGCGACAAUUUCAUAUGAGGGAUACUAUCGGUGCUCCGCCGUCUCAGAUAUGCUGUCACUGAGUGUCAGUGCUAUGUCGCCAGUAUUAAAAGUCAUUCCGUUAUUUAUGCCUGAUUUACUACUACAGCCAGUUACUACAUUCAAUACCGACAUUUACAUUAAUCUUACCUGUCAAGCUUUAUAUGGAUUAUCAGAUCGUAACUCACUGAAUAUUAGAAUUGGUACACCGAUUUAUUUUACAUGGUAUCAAUACUUGCCUGACAAUAACACAAGAAUUCCAUUUAAAGACGAUCAAAAUAUUUUCAUUGAAAAUGAUGACUUAAACUUGAGAUCAGCUAUGACAAUAAAGAAUAUUUCGCGAUUUAAGAGUACAAGACAGCUGCAAACAAAUCAAAUUAAUAUCAUCUGCAGCGGAAGAAAUCAAGUUGAUUCUAAAGAAGCUCAGGGACAAAUUAUUAUUAUAGAUAAGAGUUUCCCAAAGUGUCAAUCAGAAGUUAAUUCUGGAAUCGAAUGGCCUUUAACUGCCAGUAAUAAUGUAGCUAUUACCCAAUGCGUUAAUGAUACUAUUGGGAGAAUCUAUCGUUUUUGUGAUGAAAAUGGGAUAUGGCAAUCACCGAAUCUGUUAAAUUGUACUAAUCCUGCAUUUCUAGAUCUUAAAGUAUUGGCGGAAAAAUUUACUUAUGAUUCUCGAUCCACUGAAGAGAUAACUAUUUCACUGGCUGGUGUCACAAAUACUUCAGAUACGAUCCUUCCUGGUGACAUAACGACAACAAAUCAGAUCAUGUCUUCAUUGGUUAAUCAUGUUAAAGAUUCAAUGAAUAAGCAACGGGCAUUUAUGAUUACUGAGAAUUACUUUCAGUCGGGAAGUAAUAUUGUUAAUACUAGCAAUCUACAGGCAUGGUCGCAAUUAUCUAGCGAUCACCUGAGAGACCUGAAUAAAGUCAUUGAAGAAUUUUCUUUUAAUAUUUUGCAAAGCAUCGAUCAGAUUUCAAUAAAUAAGGAAAACAUUGCUACAAAAAUUGUCGCAUUAAGAUAUAGUAGUAUGGGCUCCAUUAUUAAAAAGUCUCUUAAUACUGAUGAAUUAUGGAAUAAUGCAAAACCUAAUAUAACAUCCAGCGUAUUGAUGGAUGCAGUAAAUGAUAGCAAAAAAAGACAAUGGAAUUGUACUUUUUGGGAUGAAAGUUCUUCAUUAUCCGAUUAUGUCUUAAUUACGCGAGGAUGCUGGUCAACUUUUCAGAAUUCGAGUCAUAUUAUUUGCCAGUGCAAUCAUUUAAGUAGUUUUGCCAUCCUGAUGUCAUUCGCGAACGUUCUAUGUAGCUUUAUUGGUGCUAUUCUUCAUUUUUUUGCCCUAACAAGUUUCAUGGCCAUGUUACUAGAAGGAAUUAUGCUUUAUUUACUGUUGGUUCGCGUUUUUCCUCUCAACAUUAGUUUAAAGUGGAUUGUAAUUUCAUGUUUAGCUAUACCUAUGAUCAUUGUUGGAGUUACUCUGGCAGCAACAGCUGGAGAAGCCUAUCUUACGGAAGAAUACUGUUGGCUAAGAACGGAUAACUAUGCCCUUCUUGCAUUCAUUAUUCCAACAGUUGUAAUUAUAUUGACGAACUGUUUUAUACUAGGAGUAAUUAUCAAGACUUUAUUAAACAGGCCUAAUAUCCAAUCAAAUAAAGCUGAAAAAAAUCGAACUAAAUCUACUCUCCGUGCUAUUAUUGUCCUCCUGCCUUUGCUUGGCAUUUCAUGGCUAUUUGGGCCUUUAGCUAUUGAUGGAAGUACCAUCAUCUUUGCCUACUUGUUUACAGCAUGUAGUGCAGUUCAGGGAUUGUUCAUAUUCCUUUUUCAUAUUGUCUUGGAUAGUCAGAUACGACGGAUGAUUUCUACAGUAGUUAUGAAUCGUUUCGGAAUAGCAUCAUCCAAUUCGCGAUCUCGAGCUACCAGCAUAGCCAGUCAAUUAUAA